UCAAUUUUUUAAAUCAGAAGAAGAAGAGAGAGAGAAACAAUGGCGCAAUCCCAAGGCCAAGGGCACAUCUGCCUGUGCCUCGGCCGAAUCCUGGCGCUUCGGCGGGACACUCCGGUGGCCAUCGCCGGGGGCAACCGACGAACCGGCGGGGAGUUCAUUGACGGCGUCCUCAGUCUCGCCCGCGGCCUGGUGGAUUCCGGCGUCCGGAGGGGAGACAUUGUCGCCAUCGCCGCGUUGAACAGUGAUCGGUAUAUAGAGCUGCUCCUUGCGGUCACAUAUGUUGGAGGCAUUGCUGCUCCCCUCAAUUACCGCUGGACCCUUAAGGAGGCAAGAUCUGCAAUGGAGCUUGCAAGGCCCAUGACAUUAGUGGUGGAUGAGAGCUGUAGCUCAUGGGCUCUAGAACUACAAAGCAGCAACACCUUGCCAUUUCUAAAGCUAUAUGUUCUGAUUGGGGACUCUUCUACCAGCCUUCAAAGUAAUAGAAGUUUUUUAUUUAUGGAUUCCAUAAAAAGGCCUUCACAAGGCACACCAACAAGCAAUCCUAUGUGGGCACCAAAGGAAGUUGCCCUUAUAUGCUUUACCUCAGGAACCACUGGACGACCAAAGGGCGUGGCUAUAAGCCACACAGCUUUAAUUGUUCAAUCCCUUGCAAAAGUCGCAAUUGUUGGUUAUGGUGAGGAUGAUGUAUAUCUCCAUACAGCGCCUUUGUGCCAUAUUGGUGGGAUAUCUUCAUGCAUAGCCAUGCUAAUGGCUGGAGGUUGUCAUGUUUUUAUACCGAAGUUUGAUGCCAAAUCAUGUUUUCAAGCCAUUGAACAACUACGUGUGACAUCCUUUAUCACUGUCCCUGCAAUGAUAGCCGAUCUAAUUUCCUAUGGAAGGAAAGCAAAUGCAUGGAUCAGCAGUGAUAACGUAACCAAAAUUCUUAAUGGUGGUGGUGGCCUGUCUGAAGAGCUCAAGAAGGGGGCCAGUUGCUUAUUUCCUUAUGCUAAAAUUAUUUCGGCUUAUGGGAUGACAGAGGCAUGUUCUUCGCUAACCUUCUUGAGUCUUCAUGAUCCUUUACUUCAAAAAUCUGGGAAGCUGCUUCCGGUUAAACACAAAGUUGAGUUAGGCCUCUGUUGCCACCAACAGAAUGGUGUAUGUGUUGGGAAACCGGCCCCUCAUGUUGAACUUCGAAUAAGCGGCGGUGGCAACAACAGUCAUGCUCCAUCCAUUGGGAGAAUUUUAACAAGAGGUUUGCAUGUGAUGGUUGGGUACUGGGACCAGACACAGGUCAUGUUGUUGGAUUCAAUUGAGCAUGGGUGGCUGGACACGGGUGACAUUGGCUGGAUUGAUCGCAAUGGUGAUUUGUGGCUCAUUGGGCGAGAAAAAGAUCGGAUCAAGAGUGGGGGAGAAAAUGUCUAUCCUGAAGAGAUAGAGGCACUGCUCUUGCAACAUCCAGGAGUCUACAGUGCUGUUGUGGUUGGUAUUCCUGAUUUUCGCCUAACGGAGAAGGUAGUUGCUUGUGUUGCCCUAAGGGAUGAUUGGGAAUGGGUUGAUCAAAAGUCGAAAUGUUUGCCUGAAAAAAGACAAAUGUCAACUGAUAUCCUCCAUAACUACUGUGUAAAAGGAAAUUUAAGCAGAUUCAAGAUACCAAAGGCUUAUAUACCAUGGAGGAAGCCAUUUCCAGUUACCAGCACAGGGAAACUAAAAAGAGAGGAGAUAAGAAAAGUAGUGUCCUACAUGCAACGUCAUAGCAACUUAUGACUUCAUGAGUCUCAAGCCAACCCAUUGUUUCUUUCAGCACUAGGACUAUCUGGAGGUAUCAAAUUUGAAGAAAUUGCUUUGAUGUUUUCUCAGCUCAAGAUGGCUAAUAGAUCAUCAUAUGUUAGUUUUGUACGUGAACUUGGAAGACCCCAGAAAAUUUAGAAGCAAAUUCGACAAAAGCCUUUAAAAGGCCAUCUUUAACUGA